UGACUCUAGAAUGGAAUUAUUUGUUGGGAAAAACUCCAUUUCAUAUCUUUUCUUUAGAAUCACCACUCCCAAGGUAUUAUCCAUAUUAAUUUCACUAGGUCAUGCUAGCCCACACUGUCAUACUGAGGUGUGGUCGCCGCACGUUGUCUCGGUGGAUUCAAAGGCAUCCGAAAACAACCUCAGUCUCUCCAAGUCCACAAGAAGGACUACAAGAGGAGCGAUGGCACUAUGUGCCACCAGAACUUCAGGCAGUCAUCACUGAGGGUCGUCCACUCAGUCAGACUGACUGGGAACAACUGAAGUCUGUGUCUGUUGGAUACAAGAACAUCACAGAAAGGAACUUUCCUGGCUUUGUCAUGAGAGUAUGUGCUGCACAAAGUAAAUUUGCUGUUGGCAAGUCCCUUCUGAACACAUUGGAAAAAUGGAACACUCCUCCAGGCAUAGGAACAUUGUCGAAGUUCAUGCGACUGUGUGGCACUAGCCUGGAAGACUGUGGCGAGGAUGUCAUUUUGGCCACAUAUGACAAAAUUAAAAGAAUGACAGAUGUGUUUGAUGAGGGGACUUUGGAAGAUAUGAUAAUUGCCCUCUGUGAAACCUCCCAAUGGACUGAAUCCAUCAAGUUGCUCAAGGUGAUGGAAAAUCAAAACCUUGCUUCUGGGAGACCCAAUCUUCUCAGUCACAUUGCAAUAGCUGCAUUCAAAAGGGGGAACCACAACUUGGGAUGGGAGAUGGUGGUCAAGAUCCAUGAACUUGGAUUAGAACAUCGACCAAGUGAAACAGUCUUUGACACCUGGCUGGACCUUUGCAACGAGCAUGUCAGGCUCGGCGAUGAGAGCAGCCAAGAUCAGGCUUGCAAUAUGUUCUGGAGGAUGAUGCAUUAUAUAAGAGACUAUCAAUACUACCCCAGUGUGACUCUGGUUCAAAGGAUCACCGACUGCUUCAAUGCCAUCAAUAAAAUUUCCACAUCUGCAGUCCUCACUACCAUUUCUCGAGGCUCUAGAGUGUGCCAGAAUUGUGGUGAAGUUCUUCCAGCCUACAAAUUUGAUGAAAAUGAAUUCUUAUCCUUGAGAUCUGCUUUCAUGGAGAAGGUGAUCACAGGAAACGAUGUCUUCAUGAAAACCAGUCCAUUUGAGCUGAGGCAAUUCAGGGAGAUGGUCACCAUGGCUGCACCAUUUGAUCUUGUUAUAGAUGGUCUGAAUAUCUUAUACCGGAUCAGCAAUAGUCACAAAAAGUCUUCUGGCUUGAAUCAGCUUGCAUCAAUAGUGCAGUUCUAUGCUGAAGACUUGAAGAAGAAGGUCCUUGUCAUGGGAAGGCAUCAUAUGAGAAGAAAAGAUUCUGCAGCUCUGAAAUACAUAAAAAAGCGCUCCCUUCUGUUCACCACAGAAUCCUUAUCCCAGGAUGACCCAUUCCUCAUCUAUGCUGCCUUGAGCAGUGGACCUGAAUGCUUCAUCCUCAGCUGUGAUAUGUUACGGGACCAUACAGCCCGCAUUCAUGAUCAUUCUCUCAAGAGACUCUUCCUUAAAUGGCUACAUUGCAGACGAAUGGAGUUCCAUGGACUGAAUUCUUCUGGAAAACCCAUUAUCCAGGCACCAAUACUGCAUGCAGUCCAGCUCCAUGAACACCAACAUGGCUAUCACUUGCCAUACAAUGAUGGAUCAGUGAAGAGUUUCCUGAGUGUGCCUGAAACUUGGAUCUGUACACAUGUGCCAUCUAAGUCCUCACUCCUUUAUAAGAAAUGAAAGUGUUAUGUAAAGA